GAUGUGCUCGUAAAUAGGGGGCUAUGAAGCGCCUUGGGCCCACGUUGAUCUGGCUUACAGCCCUCAUGCUGGGGCUAACCACAGCUUACACCGACACUGAGGAGUUCCUCAGCGAUCUAGACAAACCAGUGCCAACUUUAGACGUCCAGGGAGUGCUGGGUAAAAAAGCUUCACUUCCUUGUGAUAUACAGCCUCUACACUCGGACGAUGCGGUUGUUAUGGUACUAUGGUUCAAGGAGUCGGAUGGAGAACCGUUGUAUAGUUUUGACAUCCGAGGACGGUCCUACAACCAACCGAAGCUCUGGUCUUCUCCACUGGUGUUCGGAAAUCGAGCGUAUUUCCGCGGGGGAGCAACACCAGCUGUACUCAUGGUUGACAAUGUAAUUGCGAUGGAUGCUGGAGUGUAUAGAUGCCGAGUAGAUUUCCAAAACUCUCCUACUAGAAACCUUAAAAUUAAUUUCACUGUUAUAAUACCUCCGAGCCGUCCAGCAAUAUACGACGUAAAGAGAAGAGAUAGGACCAAACUCGUGGAGCCCUAUAACGAAGGAUCCAAUGUUUUAUUGAUCUGCGAAGUUGACGGAGGCCGACCAAGACCGCAAGUUACAUGGUACCUUGAGAACGUGGUGAUCGAUGACUCAUGUGACGAGCGAUCCGACGGUAUUACUGUCAACACCCUGACAUUCCCCAAUGUAGGAAGACAACAUCUGAAUUCGAGGCUAGUGUGCCAGGCUUCUAAUACUAAUUUGGCGCCACCGGAGACCAAAGUUUUAAUAUUAGACAUUAAUUUGAAACCAAUAACAGUAAACAUAUUAAACAAAGAAAAACAAGUGUCCGCCGACAAAAGAUACGAAAUAGAAUGCAAGACGACUGGUUCGCGGCCCGACGCGUCAGUAUCCUGGUGGAAGAACAAUAGACAACUCAAGCGGAUGGCGAAAAAUUUCUCUGAGAACAAUGAGACACUAAGCGUGCUCAGUUUAGUACCGAGUGUUGAAGACGAUGGGAAGUACUUGACUUGCCGCGCGGAGAACAAACACAUCCCAGACUCAGCUAUUGAAGACAAAUGGAGGCUUAACGUGCACUAUGUACCUAUUGUAGAUUUGAAGAUGGGAUCAAAUUUGAAUCCAGACGAAAUAAAAGAAGGCGCUGAUGUAUACUUCGAAUGCACUGUCAAAGCAAACCCAAAGUCACACAGACUAGUUUGGUAUCACGGUUAUAACGAAAUAUUCCACAAUGACUCUGCGGGUAUAAUUCUGAGCUCCCAAAGCCUGGUACUGCAAAGCGUAACGCGGAGCGCGGCUGGAGACUACACUUGUGUGGCAGCUAAUAGCGAAGGCAAGGGGACAAGCAAUCCUGUAUAUCUAUUGGUGCGAUAUGCACCAGUGUGCGCGGAACGUCGCGAUAACGAGCUUUUCGGUGCGUUAAAGCAUGAGACGGUCAUGUUGCACUGUAGUGUUGACGCCAAUCCGGAAGUUGUAUCCUUCCAUUGGACUUUCAACAACUCUGGCGAACAGAUUGAAUUACCACCGCGGUUAUCCAGCGUUCUAGGACACACAUCUACAUUAAAUUAUACGCCCAGUACUGACAUGGAGUAUGGGACAUUGGCUUGCUACGGCGAAAAUUCUGUGGGCCAACAAAAGGUACCCUGCGUUUUUCAAUUAGUGGCUGCAGGUCGGCCUUUUCAAGUACAGAACUGCACAGUAGCGAAUCAGAGUUUGGAUUCAUUGUUUGUGGAGUGCGUCGAGAAUUUCGAUGGUGGUCUGCCACAGACAUUCCUCAUGGAGUUGCUGGAGCUACCAUCGCUAACUGUACGUUAUAACGUAUCUACAAAUAAAACACCACCGACCUUUGAUAUCAGCAGCCUUCAUCCAGGAGUCAGUUAUAGAAUUGACUUGUACGCGGUUAACGCUAAGGGCAGGAGUGAUGUAACUACCAUAGAACAUGUUAUUCUAAAGGGACAAGCUAAGUAUACAGGUGAAAGUAACUCUUUUGGAAUAUCGUCGGUCUUGUUAUCAACAGCAGCAAUGUCGGCGCUGCUUGCCACAGCGCUGUGUGGCGUCUUAGCUGUACUAUACCGUCGGCACGCCAGGCAUAGACACAUGCCAGCAAAACACGCGCCUUUGAACGAAGCUAUCUAUAAUGAUCGGACGGGACAAUGUUCUACACCCGUGAAGCAAGAAGCUUGCAAUCAAGUAAGCAAUGUGGGAUUGGAAGUAGGCGGAGCAAGUGGAGCGCUAUUAAGAGAAGACCUCGCCGACGACGCCGAUCCAGACAUUAUACCAAACCUAUACGAGUGUCGUCCAGUAUCAAAUAGAUAUAUGAGCUUACAGCGACCCAUGUCCAACAACAAACUGAGCAAGAACGAUGCCUUGAGAUCGGAGCCUGACGGUGCGGCCUACUAUGACUUCCGGAAGAAGGACUACAGGAUUCCUUUGACUAGUCAGUCUUACCAUAGUCUAGGACGAGCAAACAAGGGAGUAACGACAAGCCCCAAUUCUGGAAGCGGUGUCACAUCAUGUUUGACCGCACAUCGCCUGCGACCAGAAGUGGUUACCACCUCACAUCGCGUGCAAGAAAGCUGUAUAUAAAUGCUUUUCAGAGCAUUGUUCUGACAUUUAGAUGGAAGAAAUAGUAUAUAAACGUACUUUUGCGAGAAAACUUUACUAUGUGUACCAAAAACCUAACCUAAUCUAACCUUUCCAAAAAUUUGAAAUAGAAAAAUAGAUCCCAAUAAAUAUUAAAUGUAUUCAAUUCUUGGUAUACAACGAUAGAGAAAUAUGUGUUUUAUUUCUUAAAAAAAAAAUUAGUGUUAAUGUUUUUUAAAUAGUACCUAUUUAGAUUUUUUAUAUUGGGACGCCAAGUUAAACAGGUUCACGCUUUUAGGACUUUUAUGUAUGUCAUAGUGUUUCCAAGAAUGUGAGAUUCUUUGAAUAAAAUACAUAUUCACUUCUUCGUUGGAUGUCAUAUAUUUUAGAUGCAAAUUUCUACUUUAAAGCUUUCAUAAUGUCAUUACAUACUUUGAUCUAAUUAAUAUAAUCAUAACAAUGCUCAAAAUCCUUCCGAUGUUAAUAUAACUUAAUUUGAAUGUGUUCCUUUUAUAAUGUAAAUAAUUAUUUUUAACUAUCUGUUAGUCUGUAUCAGCAAGUAAAUACAUAUCUUGGUGAGAAACUUUAAUGUUUAGGCAUUCGUCCUGUUAAUAUAUUUAAAAUAUUGUUCGUAAUUGCUUUAGUUCGUAGGUUGUGUUACAGAGAAGAUAAAUUGGACUAUAAUGUGCCCGCUAAAUAGGACCAUAAUAUAUAUAUUACAAACAACAAAAAAAUACAUCUUUCACAAAUCGAAUAUAUACUUGUCGUUUUGCUGAGAUUCAGUUACCUAGUAUAUUCUAUGUUUUUUGACGUAGUUACAUUUCUUUUAUCUUUCUUAUCGAUCUGUAUCUACUAUUAGCAUUUACGAAUAGUAUUUUGGAUAUAGAAACGAGCUUUAUCUACAAGUAUGGUAAGAAAAAAUAAGCAUUUAUGAUUUGGUUUGGCUCUCUCUCUAUUGGCUUUUAAUAAUUAAAUUCUUUUUGAGAUCCAUUAAAUAAUGUGUAACAAAAAGCAGUAUGAAGAAUCCCACAUCAAAUAUUACGGCCACUCGGAGUUCAUUAUGCUACCAAAUGCAAUUUCCUGUCACCGCUGUAUAUUCACUUACCAACAUAUUUGUUGUAUUUGGCGGCAAAAUACAAAGCAGCCCCGAAUAGACGUUCUGUUUACCUCUCCUCAAAAUAAUACAAUACUUACCCCAAAUAUAAACUACGUAUUCCAUGAAUGCAGUAGACACUCUCGUUUGUUAUAUCUGUAUCUGCUUUAUCGACUGUAUACUACGCUUGAAACAUGUCGAUUGUUAAAAUAAACAAAUAACUGAAAUUAAACUGAGACUUUUCCCACGGUAUGAUUUAUAU